AUGAAACUUCUACUUCUGACCAUUGGCCUGUGCAUGGCCAAUGCAUUUGAAAUUGAUAAAUGGGCCGAUGGCUUUAAAGCUGAAAAGAUCAAUGGGAGGUGGUAUUCCAUUGCAGUGGUAUCUGACAGACCAGAGGAGACAAAUCCAGGUGGAUUAAACAGGUUUCAAAUCUACUCCUUCCAAGUCAAAGAGAAUAGAGAUAUUGAAACAUCUAUCUACAACAAUUGGAAUGAUGUGUGUCAAGAAGUUAAUAUCACACUCACUGAAACCAACUUCCCUGGCCAAUACAAAAUUAAUAAUCUUAAAGAUAACAGCUUUGUCAUGGAAGAUACUGACUAUAAGAACUUCCUGAUUGUAUAUUGCCAAAUUGGGAAGAACACUGGCGUAUGGGAAUUAUUUGGAAGAAAUAAAUAUUUGCCUAGAAUAUAUAAAAUGAAGUUUGAGACUAAAGUCAUAUCUCAUGGUUUGCAAAAAAGGGACAUUUCUUACUUUACUGAAACAGGGACUCUAAGAACUGAACUUUUACCAGAUUCCCUCCAGCUUGACUUCAAGAUCACUGACUCACUCAAGCCUAGUCAUGCCUCUCCCAUUCUUCCUUAUCUCAUUUGUGCCUUUGGUUAA